UGGCUCGUACACGAAGAGACUACAGGAGUUCAUACGUAAGAAAAUCGGUGUACCGCUGAUUCUACUGAUUGAUCGACGAUUCUUUCAAUACACUUUCGGUCUUAUCCCUCGACGGAAGCCAGUUACUGUCGUUGUCGGUAGUCCGAUGGAGUUACCAAAGAUAGAAGAACCAACGAGAGAACAAGUCGAAGAAUAUCACGAGAAAUUUGUCAAACACUUGGUGAACUUUUUCGAGAACGAAAAACACAGGCCGAAGAAGAAUCGCCGAAUUGAUACCAGCGUAAAGAGAGGAGGAACUCAGAGAAAAACGAUGGAGAUUCUGGGAGUGAAAUUCGCUCCGUUAAACGUUCCAUUAAAUCGAAGAUUAGAAACGCUCUCAGCCGCGCUUUGGAUCCUAAUUUUCACAUUUGGAUACUUAGCGGGAUAUGUUCUCGCCGCCUAUUUUCUUUUCUUCACCCAAACUAUGCGCAACUUCGUAUUACUUUACUUCGUGUGGAUGUAUUACGAUUGGAACAAGUUCGAUAUAGGCAUAAUACGGCAAAUAUUCCACCGAUUUUUGAGAAACUGCGCGUGGCACCGAUACUUCUGUAACUACUUUCCUAUAAAAUUAGUGAAAACCACCGAUUUGGAUCCGAACAAGUUGUAUUUAUUCUGUAAUUUCCCGCAUGGAAUCAUACCGUCUGGAGUUUAUGGCGCAUUCGGAACAGACAUCAUCGGCUGUAGAGAACUUUUCCCGGGUCUCGAAUUUAGAGUCGUCAUACUUGAUCAACUCUUUAAGUCGCCGCUUUUCCGCGACUAUUUUCGCGCCAUCUGUGCUCUUGGAAGCAGUGCGGAGUGCAUAAAACAACAACUAUCGACGAGACCUUCGCCACCGUACACCGGAAAGGCGACAGUUCUGAUCCCCGGUGGAGCGGCAGAAGCAUUCGAAUGUAAGCCGGGCACGUACCGCAUCCUGAUAAAAAGGAGAAAAGGCUUCGUAAAGCUCGCGCUGCAAUAUGGAAACCCUCUGGUUCCUGUCUGUUCGUUCGGAGAAACGGACAUAUACGAUCAAUUGACCUGGCCAGAUGGCUCGUACAUGAAGAGACUACAGGAGUUCAUACAUAAGAAAACUGGUAUUGCGCCGGUUCUACUGGUUGGUCGAGGAUUCUUCCAAUACACUUUCGGUCUUAUCCCUCGACGGAAGCCAGUUACUGUCGUUGUCGGUAGUCCGAUGGAGUUACCAAAGAUAGAAGAACCAACGAGAGAACAAGUCGAGGAAUAUCACGAGAAAUUCGUCAAGCACCUGGUGAACUUUUUCGAGAACGAGAAACACAAGUACAUCGAGAACGCGGAUUCGGUGCAUCUUGAGUUCGUAUAGUGAUACCACUAAAUACUGACUAUUUAUAACGGACCUCUGUAAUUGUUGUUCAAAAGAUCAAGGAACUGCUUAAUUGCUUAAACGUGUAUUGAUGUUUCACCUUUCGGCUCACGAGAUGGAAAAUUUGCUGUUUUCAAUGAAAAUAUGAGAGGAAAGUUGGGCAAGAUAUGGGGUACAAUUGUUUAUUUAUAUAUUUAUAUAUUUCAUAAUUAAUAUUUAUUAGUACAGAAAAAGAUAGUAAUAAGUAAAAAUGUUAAACCAAAUUUACAAAUAAACAAUUUACAAAUAAACGAUAUAUAUAAAUAAUUAAUUAAU